AUGCUUCCUUCUAAAGCCCUUAAAGGCUUUCUUUACAGCUUUUUUGAUGCUUUAGUGCUUUUUGUGUUCUUUCAAAUACCUCCAGGAAAAUCAUUGGAAGCAUCAAGAAGGACAGCUGUUUGCGCAUUUUCAAGCGCUUCAAAAAGCCGUCCGAUGCAAAAGAUGUCGUCUUCGUUGCGAGAAAGCGCAAUACGUGCGUCAGAGCACCGAUUCGACGAUGAAGAGAGCACGACAGGAAACCGGAAAACAGGAAAAUGA